AUGGGUACAGCGAGGAAGGAGAUGGUUUUCUCUACCACCUCCCGGAAUGUUCGCGUCGAACAUGACCGCGAGACAGACAAGAUCUUUUUACAUGCCGAAUGCAAGAGCGACUCCGGCAAUUGGCAGUCCAGCUCGAUCUGUCUUGACGACCAUCUUGGUAUUAGCACGGAGUACAAGGGGUUCGACACCACGCAGGAACAGACUGCUUCCGCUCAAGGUCAAUCACUGUGGUCGCUUCUAGUGCCCGACAGACUUACCCUGAAAGGUGUCUCAGUAUUGUGUGGCAAGGUCCGUGAGGAACACGGUGGCUGGGAGACGUCCAUCUACCUCGACUUGCUUUUCAACAACAACAAUGGGCAGUUAGUAAAGGAGAGUUGGUAUGUGUAG